CCACAACACGUCUAAAAGUGAACAACUUGAGUGAAACUGAAGUGUGAAAGUUAAAUCCACAUUUUAAUUUUGUAUUUAAAAAAAAAAAAUCAAAAUACUAGCCUCCAUCUCGUCGUUUACCACCACUACUCCCACUUCCGAUCACCGUUUCCGCCGAAUCCCGGCGACACCACGCUCCUAACACCGCGAAGCCAAGGUGCUUGGAAUUUAAAUUGUUGGCAAAAUGCUUUCCUUUGAGAUGAAUGAUCGAAAAAAGAUUGGAUUAGGAUUAACCGGCUUUGGUAUAUUUUUCUCUUUCCUUGGGGUUAUCUUCUUCUUCGACAAGGGACUGCUAGCCAUGGGAAAUAUCUUGUUUGUUUCUGGAGUGUCCUUAACCAUUGGGCUGAAGUCCACUAUGCAAUUCUUCAUGAAACGAAGUAAUUUUAAGGGAACAAUCUCAUUUGGUAUUGGGUUCUUGAUUCUCAUGUUUGGAUGGCCUAUUUUGGGCAUGAUUAUUGAGGCUUAUGGGUUCAUCGUUCUAUUCAGUGGUUUCUGGCCUACGCUGUCUGUUUUUAUACAGAAGGUUCCUGUUCUUGGUUGGUUGGUUCGACUGCCAUUCAUCCGAUCGUUAUUUGACCGGAAUAGAGGUAAACGAAUGCCUGUGUAGUGUGUUACAAGGAAACCAUUGCAAAUAUGUAAGCCAAUGUAAAGAAAAUACUCUCAUAUGGGGAUCUAACAAUGUGAACCGAGAUCAACUUCUGAUGGUAGAAAAUGAUUCAUUUUAUCAUGAUAAUCAUUUAGGGCAAAGGAGAAUUUGGAAGGGAAAAGGUUUUUCACAGUUUUAACUUUGCUACUUGUUUAGCUAAUGCUUAGUGGAAAAUCAAUUGAUCUUGGGAGUUGUCAUUUCUGCUACUAUUCCAAUCAUAGGCCUUUGGCAAGCAUAGGUGCCAUUUAUUCACAUUGAUCGCAGAAGUAUAAUCAUUUUGAUGUUAGCAUAGCUAUAUGGAAUUAAUUUCUUUCGUAAA